GCCCUAAGGAGCAGGAAAACACUACAGCGUUGUUGAAAAACGGCUAAAGCUACGAGAUUGCUGAGCAUUCAGUUUGUCCUACUUUUGAUUCCGUAGCAAAAGAGUCACACGUGUGGUGGGUGGACGAAACAGCAUGCGAAACACAGCACAGUACAGACAGUGAAGAUUAAACAAGAAACUUAGCUGUUAAAAGUCAGCAUUUUCCUCUCAGUUCGUUGGCAUCUCACAUUUUGUCAUAUUGUCAAAUAAAAUCUAAUACAUUAUUGAAGCCAUGGGAGGUCAAGCGAAGAGCAAGAAGAAGAGCAAGUCCAAAAAGACACGUUCCAAUGGAGUAGGUGCCGGGCUAGUGGCAUUUACUGCACAGGACCGCAUACAAGUGAGGAUGCAAGAAAAAGCAAAGAAGAAGACGGCAGAAAAGUACACGGUUGAACAGCUGCUGGAAAAGGUAGAAGAAAGCAUGGAUAACUUCGACCUCCCGAUGGCCCGUCUGUUUUGUCAACGUGCCUUGGACAUUGAGUCCACUAAUCUGGAGGUUUUGGAUAUGAUGGGGAACAUUUGUGCUGAGCUUGGUGAGGUGGACAAGGCCAAGCAAGUGUUUCUGAAGGCGGUGGAGCUGAGCCCUGAGCAGGGCCAUAGUAAGUACAUGUACCUGGGACAGAUUCACACCGGCCAGGAGGCCAUCGACUACUUCAGGAAGGGCAUCGAGAUCAUGACCAGCACUCUGGACACACAGCAGCCCAGCGCUGCCUCUGCUGAGGGGGCGUCGGCCUGUGGUGAAGAAGACGAGCCAGCUGUGUCAGGAAAAGACCUGUCUGUGGCCUUCUGCUCUAUGGCAGAGAUUUACUUUACAGACCUCUGUAUGGAAGAGGGAGCAGCAGACAAGUGUAAAGAGGCCAUAGCCAAAGCCCUGGAGUAUGACCCCGUCAAUGCAGAGGCACUGCAGCUAAUGGCCAGUUACCUGUUCAGCACUCAGAACAUGGAGGAAGGAAAAGACUACCUGAAGAGGAGCGUGUCCUCAUGGCUGCCCAGUUUGAGACCGCAGACCGAGCAGCUGGCCGCUCAACAGGAGGAGGAAUCGGAACAGAGUGGGGUUCCACCAUACGAGUCAAGGAUCACCACAGCCAAGCUCCUGAUUGAGGCUGAGGAGCCAGAGAUGGUGAUGGAGGUAUGCGAGGGCUUGCUGGAGGAAGAUGACGAGGUGGUGCAGGUGUGGUAUCUGCUCGGCUGGGUCUGCUACCUCCAGCGAGACAAACCAGAGGAAGCCGAGAGCUUCAGAGACUCAGCCAGGACCUACCUCACCAGGGCCAAAAAGUUGUACGUGAAGCUGUGCUGUGACGAUCCCCCCAUGCUGGAGCACGUGGAGCAGCUGCUGUCGGAACUGAGGCCUGAGGGUGCCAGCGCCGCUGAUGAUGAUGAGGAUGAUGAAGAUGGCCCUCCCAUAGAUGAUAUAGCUGAUGACUUCAUUCACAGCAGUGAUGAGGAAGAGAACGCCAUGGAGCACUGAUGGCUGUCUGUCCUCUCUGCAGUCAAUGCAUCUGUUAUUCAGAUUCACAUUCUCUCUCUCUCACUCUCUCUCACUCUCUCUCUCUCUCUCUCAUUCUCUCUCUCUCACUCUCUCUCACUCAUUCUCUCUCUUUCACUCUCUCUCACUCUCUCUCUCUCUC